AUCACAUCUGCUGCCACGGCAUUGUAGCAAUGGCCGCAAACAGACUUCCCCUUCAAAUCCGUCCAAACGGCUGAGCAUCAGCGCAGAGUCGCCAACGCACAGUUCUUUGACCUCAGCGAUUUACCAUGGGUGUCACUGGACUGUGGACUGUGGUUGCCCCCACUGCCCGUCCAACCCAACUCGCAUCCCUCAACCGCAAACGCCUCGCCGUCGACGCAUCCAUCUGGAUCUACCAAUUCCUCAAAGCAGUCCGAGACAAGGAGGGCAACGCCCUACGCAACAGCCACGUCGUCGGCUUCUUCCGGCGCAUAUGUAAACUGCUCUACUUUGGGAUCAAGCCCGUGUUUGUCUUUGAUGGCGGGGCGCCGGUUUUGAAGAGAGAGACGAUUCGGAAGAGAAAGAGAAGACGGGAAGGCAGACGAGAAGAUGCGGCGCGGACGGCGGGGAAGCUGCUUGCCGUGCAGGUUGCGAGGGCCGCCGAGGAGGAAGAAAAGAGGCGAAGAACCGAGCGAGAGAGGACACCCGAAGAGGCCUUGCCUCCGGACCAAGAGCUGGUGUAUGCCGAAGAGCUGGGCAUGUCCAAGCAAGAACGCACAGCUGGACGAGGCGAAAAGUUCAGGAAGAAGGACCAAUACCAUUUACCCGACCUGGACGUAAGCAUCGAGGAGAUGGGCGCGCCCAACGAUCCGAGAAUCAUGUCUCAAGCCGAAUUGGAGGAGUAUGCGCGGCAGUUUCAUUCAGGCGAGGAUAUCAAUCUCUACGAUUUCAGCAAGAUCGACUUCGAGAGCCCCUUCUUUCUGUCACUGCCCGCUGGGGAUCGGUAUAACAUCUUGAAUGCCGCCAGGCUGAGGUCGAGAUUGAGGAUGGGCUACUCGAAGGAACAACUCGAUGGCAUGUUUCCCGAUCGUAUGGCGUUCUCAAAGUUCCAGAUCGAGAGGGUCAAGGAGCGAAAUGAAUUGACGCAAAGACUCAUGCACUUGAAUGGUAUGGUGGAAGGAGAUUUCCUGAGAGAGGGUGGUGGCAGGAUUGCUGGUGAAAAAGGCAAAGAGUAUAUUUUGGUGAAGAAUGAAGGGGUAGAGGGGGGAUGGGCUUUGGGUGUGGUGUCAAAUAGGCAAGGCGCCGAGAAGGAGAAUGCAAUCGACCUAGAAGAUGAGGGAAAAUCUGACGUGGAUUUCAGUGCUGACUCGGAUCAGGACGAGUUUGAAGAUGUCGCGAUUGAAGGCUUGAAUCGACUUCCGAAGACCUGGGCGCGGAAGAGAAAGGCUGGCGUGGACUAUGACAUGUCAUAUGAAGAGGUGGCCGAAGAGAUUGCGAGAAAGAGGAAAGCGGUUUACGAAGCAAGGAAGGCCGCCUCAAACGCUAAAGAUGCUGCUCCAAAGGCUCCACGACGUGUUCCUCUGGUGCAGGACACGGAUAUGGUAACGACCGACGAAUCACUAUUUGUUCCCGAGGACAAAGCAGAGGGCGACGACGACGACGAUUUAUUUGAGGAUGUUCUACCACUGGACCCGGAGCCAGAGGAGAAUGACGAGGAUCUCCAACGGGCCAUAGCAAUGUCUUUAGAGCAACCAACCGAUGACGACCGAAGGGGCGGUGGCUGGGUGGCGGAAGCAGCUCCAGAACUAGCCAUGGAAGAGUCUGCAGAAGAAGAUGGCUUUGACUUACAAUCCGCCCUCGCAGAGUCAAGGCGAACCAAACUCAAGCCAACACCGAGCGUCAGAGAGAGAAGUCCGACGUCAUCGAAGGUGACAACCACUGCCACUUCAAAAUUUGACGGCCCGUUGCCCUUCGAGUCCCUCAAUCUCGGACAGUCACUACUGGGAAAGAAGAAAUCCAAGAAGGUCGAAGAGGAUCUAUCAGGUGGUUUCGAUCGGGAUCUCGGAGAUGAAGCUUUCCGCAAGGAGAGGCCUCCUCAGCCGAUGCCGGAAUGGUUCAAUGCCACCCCGAACAUUAAGGAUAUGAAAUCCCGGAUUGGGACUGUCGAUGAUUCAGACGUCGUGCACGGAGAAGAAGACGCCGUUCGAUGGGACGCCAUACGGCGCCAUGAUAUCAAAGUGGUGAUUGACCUCGAGGCUGAGGACGAGAGAGGCAGAAGUCAACAUCCAGUUGAUCUCGAAGAGGAGAAUGUCGAGGACGAAGUGCAAUUGUUAACUCAGCCAUCUCAAGAAGCUGUCGAUGAACUCAACCCUCCUAGUCAGCCUGAACCUCCCGAGGUUCAAGAAGUCGAAGAUCCGGAAAAACGAAAAAGAGACGAAGAGCGCGAAAAACGAUAUGAGAUUGCACGACAAAUCGCAGCUGAGAACCAACCCAAGGAAGAACCAUCGCCGACGAUUGGCGAGAUAGCCGAAGAAAUACAAGCUCGACCGCCUCCACCAUCUUCUGUCCCUCAGCACAAGCCUGAAGCUGUUCCUGAAAAGGUUGCUGUCGAAGAGAGCGAUUUCGAGGAAGUCGAAUGGAGUGAGUCGGACAAUGAGCAGCCUGUACAGCCAAUAAGUCCGGGAUCGCUCGGUACCGUCGAAGAAGAGUCUCCCCAACCUCGGCGCGGCACAGCGAUUGCGGCGCAAGAUGAAGAUGAAGGCGAAGAAUUUGAAGAUGUGGACAUGGAACCAGCUGUAACGCUAGAGCAAGCGCCACCACCGACUGGUGCCUUUCACGACUAUCCUGCAGUAGAGGGUCUUCCAGGACUCAGCGAUCAACCCGUCGCAGAAUCAAGCAUCACAGAAAUUCCAGACGUGGGUCCAGCCGAAGAGGAAGAUUUCGAUUACCUUUCCGCCUCGGAGGAAGAGCUGAUGCGUCAACUGGCAGAAGAGGCUGAAGAGCACACCCGUUUCACGUCUGCCCUCAACAAUGCCCAAGGUCCCACGGCUGAACAAGCCAUGCGCGACUUCGAUGCCGAACUCAAAGCCUUGCGGUCACAACAAAAACGCGACCGCCGAGAUGCCGAUGAAGUCACGCAGACAAUGAUCCAAGAAUGUCAAGCACUGUUGAGAUUAUUCGGCCUUCCUUACAUUACCGCCCCGAUGGAAGCCGAAGCGCAGUGUGCUGAACUCGUCCGCCUGGGCCUGGUAGAUGGGAUCGUCACGGACGAUUCGGAUAUCUUCCUCUUUGGAGGAACUAGGAUAUACAAGAACAUGUUCAACGCGGCAAAGUACGUCGAGUGCUAUCUCUCCUCAGAUCUUGAAAAGGAAUUUCUACUGGACAGGAGGAGAUUGAUAAGAUUCGCGCAUCUGUUGGGCAGCGAUUACACGGAAGGAAUUCCAGGGGUAGGGCCCGUGACUGCGCUAGAGAUUUUGACCGAAUUUGGUGAUCUAGAGGAGUUCAAGGCGUGGUGUGAGAGAGUCCAGCUCGGCAGGCCCCAAGAUCUGGAAAAUCAACUGACAACCCCUUUUCGACGGAAAUUCCGCAAGACGGUGCAGAAACGCCUGUUCCUACCGACGGGGUUUCCUGACUUGAGAGUUGAUGAGGCAUACUUGAACCCGGAAGUCGAUUCAAAUUCGGAGCCGUUUCAAUGGGGUGUGCCGGAUUUGGACAAAUUACGAGGCUUCUUGAUGGCGACGAUCGGGUGGACGCAGGAGAGAACCGACGAGGUUCUGGUCCCGGUGAUUCGGGACUUGAAUCGGCGCGAGGUGGAGGGAACGCAGAGCAAUAUCACGCGAUUCUUCUCCGGAGCGGUUGGUGUGGGUGGAAGGGGUAUCAAUGGAAACCCAGGAACUCGUGGCAAGGCGCUUGCCGUCGGUGGUGAGGGUAUUGGGCAGGCCCAAGCACAAGCGGAGGCGAUGGCUCCUAGAAAUCGCACGGGCAAGGAGUCGGGACGGAUGAGAAAUGCAUAUAAAAGGCUCAGAGGGGAGGCAGAGAAGCGGAGGAAACGGCGAGAGGACGAAGCGGACGAGGACGACGACCAAAUGGAAAACGACGAUGAGAUCGAGGUUCUUGAGGGACUCGGCGAGAUCCAGGGCAUUGAGGGUCUUGAAGGCCAGCCUGGCACGAGCACCAAUGCUGUCUCCACGCCCACUUUGUCUGUAGCAGAUGUCGACGACGACCGCGAUGAUGACGGAGAGUUUGCUGGAGAUGAAGCUCCACCCAAGCGCGCCUCGAGUUCGAAGUCGAGGUCCAAGGCGAAGGCCAAGGCCAAAUCGCAGGACUCCACGACGAAGCCACGACCAAAGUUGACCAAGAAAGGCGGGAGGGAGAGAACAGGCGGCGACGACUAAGUAGUUUUUGGUCCACCCUGCGGCCUUUUCGAGCUCACGAUAUCCCAGCUUCUCUUGCGAGGGAGAAGAAGGGAGCGUGCGUUACGAAGUUUACGACCGAAUGAGUAUAUGAGCGCAACUUCAGCACGUUGCGGACAUCCUGAAAUGAGGACGAGCUACCACUUUUUAAAUUCUGCUUGAUAUCCAAUACCAUUGGACACUG